UUUUUGUUAUGUAUAAAUAGGAAGAGAUAUGGGAAAAAGUGAUGAUGAGUCAUUACUUUUCUUGCAUUUGCACAAAAGCAACUGCAUCCACCUCCCAUCAUGCUUGUCUGACUGUAGAUCCACCUUUCAAAUUCUUCCUUUUUUAAUCUUUCACUUCAGCCAAACACUCUCUACUUCUUCUUCUUCUUCAUUCUUUGCUUAAUCUAAGUAGUUAAUGGAACAAGAGAUGACAGAGCUACUUUCUUUAGAUCAUUCAACUAAAAUGGAGGAUUCAGAGAAGCAAACUUCUCCUCAUUCUUCUUCAAUUCCAAUUAAAAGUAGAAAAAAAGGUGGCCUAAUUACCAUGCCUUUUAUUAUAGCAAAUGAGGCACUGGAGAAAGUGGCGAGCUAUGGGCUAUUACCAAAUAUGACAUUUUAUCUAAUGAGAGAAUACAAGAUGGAGAUAACUAGUGCUCAAAAUUUACUGUUUUUCUGGUCAGCAGCUACUAAUUUCUUGCCUUUAGUUGGAGCUUUUGUUGCUGAUUCAUAUCUAGGUCGAUUCCUUGCCAUUGGCGUUGGGUCCAUCUUCAGUUUCCUGGGAAACACUGUGUUGUGGUUAACAGCAAUGAUUCCGAAAGCAAGGCCUCCGCCUUGCAAUCAAUUAGGAGGACAGGUUUGUAGAUCUGCAACGACAUCACAAUACGUGCUUUUGGUUUUCUCAUUUCUGCUCAUGUCAAUCGGUGCUGGUGGUAUAAGGCCGUGUUCUUUGGCCUUUGGUGCUAACCAGUUUGACAAGGGAGAUAAUCCCAACAAGCAAAGGGUGUUGGAGAGCUUCUUUGCCUGGUAUUAUACUUCAUCCAUAGUUUCUGUUCUGAUUGCCCUGACGGGUAUCGUUUACCUUCAAGACAGAAUGGGCUGGAAAAUAGGUUUUGGAGUUCCAGCAAUCCUUAUGUUCUUAUCUGCGCUGUUUUUCUUCCUUGCUUCUCCGUUUUAUAUCAAGCAAAAGGUUCGCUCAAACUUGUUUGCCAGCUUUGUACAAGUAAUUGUGGUUGCCUACAAGAAUAGGAAACUCCCAUACCCCAAUCAGAACUCUGAUUACCAUCACAAGAAUGGUUCAGGACCUCAAGUGCCAACAGAUAAAUUGAGAUUCUUAAACAAAGCUUGCAUCAUUAAGAGCCCUGAAGAUGUUAAGCCAAAUGGAGUUGCAGUUAAUGCAUGGAACCUUUGCACGGUGGAGCAAGUUGAGGAGCUUAAAGCUCUCAUUAGGGUCAUACCGUUAUGGUCGACGGGGAUCAUGUUAUCGAUAAACUUGAGCCAAAGUUCAUUCCCUCUACUACAAGCUCAAUCCAUGGAUAGACAUCUAACCAAAGGAUUUCAAAUUCCAGCUGGCUCAUUCGGGAUGUUUUUGAUGAUCGCGUUAACACUUUGGGUUUUACUCUAUGACCGUGUGAUCCUUCCGUUGGCAUCAAAGAUCAGAGGAAGACCAGUUCGUGUAAAGCCUAUAGUCAGAAUGGGAAUUGGGAUAUUCAUGUCUUGCAUGUCCAUGUUAGUCUCUGGUAUUGUGGAACAUGUUCGACGAAGAAGAGCAAUCAAUCAAGGGCUCUUGAACAACCCGCAGGGGGUGGUGGAGAUGUCAGCAAUGUGGCUCAUACUACAAAACAGUUUAAACGGGAUAGCAGAGGCAUUCAGCGCGAUCGGAUCCACAGAGUUCUACUAUUCCGAGCUCCCAAGGAGUAUGUCAAGUCUUGCAUCUGCUCUUUUUGGACUGGGAAUGGCAGUGGCAAAUCUUUUAGCAAGUGUGAUUUUGAGUGCUGUGGAUAAGUACACCAAAGGAGAGGGGAAAGAAAGUUGGGUUUCAAGCAGUAUCAACCAGGGUCACUAUGAGUAUUACUACUGGCUUCUUGCUGUAUUGACAGCUUUUAAUCUGCUUUAUUUUGUGGCUUGUUGCUGGCAAUAUGGACCCUCUGCUGAUAUUGACAUAACUAAGAGAAUGUUAGAGGUUAGUGAUGAUGAUGAUGAUGUGUCACAGGAGAAUGUAUCUCGACGUGAAUUGAAUUCGCGCUAGGCGACUUGUUACUUUGUCUAUACAUAGUAGUAUUUAUACAGAAUCAUAUAUUUACCCAC